GAAGAUUUCAUUAAAGUUUUGAAUGUAAAUUUCUUUGUGUUGUUUUUUUGAUCGGGUAUUUAAACAUGGCGACUUCGAGGAUAGAUCCAGUAACAGAUUUUGCUAUCGAAAGCGAUGAAAGCGACGUUGAAGUUGAGUUUGUCGAUGAGGAUGACCUUCCUCUAUCUUGUGUUCAUUCGGGGAAUAAUUUCCUUGAGCAUCCAGAGUCAGAUGAAGAAGUGGGCUCCGAUUUUUUGUCAGACUCAGGUGAUAGUGAAGCAGGCGAAGGAGGGGAAAGCGAAGAUGAUGAAGAAUUGGAGACAGAUGAAUCGAUUUGGACCGAAGAGUUAACCACAAGAACUGAUAUUGACUUUAAUCAAGCUGUUGGAAUGGCUGUGGAUCCUGCAUCAUUGAAGUCAAGCAAAGAUUUUUUUGAGCUCUUCUUUACAGAUCAGGUAUGGCAGCUGUUAGCCACUCAAACUAACUUGUAUGCUUCACAGAAGAGAGGGCCUGAAGAAAAUUCAGUCUGGUAUCCAGUGUCUGUAGAAGAAAUGAAAGCUUGGCUAGCUCUUUAUUUGUGCAUGGGUAUUGUUAAUAAGCCAAAUAUUAAAUCCUACUGGAGCACUGACCCAAUACUGUCCACCCCAUUCUUUCCUGCUACUAUGUCAAGAACAAGGUUUGUUCAGAUUUUACGUUACCUUCAUUUUGCUGAUAACAACCUUGCCCCCAGACCUGACUCACCAGACUACAACAAAUUAUACAAAAUUCAACCUGUUCUUGAUCUUGUGGUACCCAGAUUUAAAGCAGUUUACCACCCUAAGAGGGAACUUGCUGUUGAUGAGACUCUAAUAAAAUUCAAAGGCAGAGUUCAUUUUAGGCAGUUCAUCCCAAGCAAACCUGGCAGGUUUGGAAUAAAGGCUUUUACUCUUGCUGAAUCAACCAGUGGUUAUGUCCUGGGUAGCAAAGUUUACACUGGAAAGGAGGCUGGAGUUGUCCAGAAAGAUCUGGGGAAAAAAGCUGUCAUAUCCAUUUUGUCUCGGUAUUUUGACCAAGGCAUGACUGGAAAGGGUCAAGCCCACAACGAUCUCAUUGAACAGGCCAGUGCAGAAGCCAAAGUGACUAAGGAAACUGUAAAGAAUUGGAUUGGAAGCGAACGAAAGAAGAGAAAAGCAGCGGCAAGUUCGACUUCGAGUGAUCAAGAUACCGCACCGUCAGCAAAAAGCGUAAAAAGCAUCCCCUGCAUACGAGCUCCCACGUCAUACAAUAACUUUUGUAAGGAGCUGUUCAACAAAGAUCAGUGUCGAAACCUUUCUAUGGUAGAAAGAAAUUCGUUUGCUGCCAAAGAGUGGGCGAAACUCACUGCUGAAGAAAAAAUUUUAUAUAAGAGUUCGCAGAAUAUAGCGGGCGAGUUGAAUCCCGAAGAUAUUGAAAGGACCGUCAAAAAGAUAAGAGAUCAAAUAAUUAAGCUGGUAAACAUUCUUGAUGGAUAUGGCUGUUGCACUGCGGUACUACAAAAAGAUCCUGAUGGACAGUUGUUUGGUUUUGGAUCCCCUGCAGUAUUUCUGCACUAUUGUUUGAGUUCUGCAAAAUCUUUGAUGGAACCUUUUCUGGGCAAAGGAUAUUAUCUUUUCAUGGACAAUUAUUAUACUUCUGUUGGUUUGUUUGAGGAGUUAGAAGAGAGGUCCACCCUUGCUUGUGGGACUGUAAGGUCUAACAGAGUAGACCUUCCAAAAGAGAUCUGCAAUCUUAAGUCCAGACAGGUGAAGCAACUGAAAAGGGGUGAGUCCUUGUACCGACAGAAGGGAACACUGACUUGCGUGACAUGGCGUGACAGAAAAGUUGUUAGCAUGUUAGCCACUCUUCCUACAGGUGAGGAAGAUUCUGAUGAAGUGGAGAGAUCUGUGAAGGUCAAUGGCCAUUGGCAAAAGAAAAACUUUGCCCGUCCUGGUGUGAUCAACCUCUAUAACACUUUCAUGGGAGGUGUUGAUGUUGCUGACCAGAGAGUGUCAACAUAUGCUAGACUCAUGAGGGGCUCAGUGUGGUACUAUAAGUUGUUCUUCUAUGUUGUAGAAGUGUGCAUUUCAAAUGCACACAUAUUAGAGAACAAAUCACUACUUCACACCACCAGAAAUGGCCUGCUUUUCAGAAGAUCAUUGAUUGAUGAGCUCAUCCAACAGCAAAGCUUCCGGAGAGACACAAGAUCACCUCAAAAUCCAAUCCCACAGAUUCGAUUUAACCAGGGUCACUUUCACCACCUUGUGAGCCACAAAACAAGAUCUACAUGCAAGGUUCACCUGCAACGUGUGGAUACCACAUUCAGCUGUGCAGUAUGUGGAGUGCGCAUGUGUCAAGAGCCAUGUUUUCAAAGGUACCACACCCUGAGGGAUUACUAUUACAAUGAUGAAGAGCGGGAAGGACCCAGACGUCUAAAGGAAGGAAGGGGGAGGCCUCGGGCAAGGGGAAGAGCAAGAACCUUGCAGAACUGAACAUUAAUAACAUUAAGGCCAUGUUAAAAGUAAAAUUUUUAACCUGAAUUGUUUUUUGAGACAAUUAACUUUCCAUAACAGUAACUAUACAAACUAAAAAGAACAUCAUCUUGGUACUAAAGUUAUUCAACUAUACUUACCUGAGAGGUCUGUUAUCCAGUGCAAAUGAG